AUGCCAGAGAAGUAUAAAAAAGAAUGGAAAAAAACAGGUUGUACUUUGAUGUCUGACGGGUGGACUGAUAAAAAAUCUAGAUCUCUCACUAAUUUUUUAGUAAAUAGUCCAAGUGGGACAGUUUUUCUUAAAGCUAUAAACACAUCUGUUGAAAAUGUUGUUCAGGUUGUGACUGAUAGUGCUUCAGCUUAUGUAAAAGCUGGGGACUUAUUGAUGGAAAAGAGAAAGAAAUUAUUUUGUUCUCCUUGUGCGGCUCACUGUAUUGACAAUAUAUUGGAGGAUAUAGGUGAAUUGUUGAUGUUUAAAGAUACAAUAAAGAAAGCUAGGGAAGUUUGUGUUUAUAUUAAUAGGCAUGCUUGGGUUCUUAGCAUGUUUAGAAAGUUUUAUGACAAGAAGGAGUUAAAAAGAGCCGGAGUUACAAGAUUUGCUACAACUUUUCUCACAUUGAAGAGUUUUGAGGAAAAUAAACUUCCACUUAGAGCGAUGUUUGCUUCAGAGGACUGGGCAAAGAGUCAGUAUGCUUCCAAGCCAGAAGCAAAAAGGGUGGGCACAAUUAUGUUAUCUGAUGUUCGAUUUUGGAAAUCAGUUAAGUAUUGUCAAAAGUGUGUGAGUCCAAUUAUCAAAGUUUUAAGACUUGUUGAUGGGGAUGCCAAACCGGCUAUGGGGUAUAUUUAUGAAGCAAUGGAUAGGGCAAAGGAGCAAAUUGCAAACAAUUUCAAUAAGCAACUGACAAAGUUUCAGUACGACGAGUCAUUCAAUGCCGAUACCGAAGUCAAAAUAGGAUUAUACACAACAAUUGAGAAGAUGUUUCCGGAUAUCGAAACAAUAAUUAAAGUUGAUCAACAAUUAGAAAAGUUCAAAAAAGGAGAAGGAAUGUUCGGGAUAACCAUGGAUGUGAGCGAAAUUAGAGUACAUUUGAGCAUGCAACCAAAGAGGGAGAAACGUGGUGAAACAUAUGAUCCAAUUUGUUUGAGUGAUAUGGAAUCCGAUGAUGAAUGGAUCACCGAAAUUGAAGAGAGUUGUCUACUCGAAGACAAUUCAUGGAUGGAUGUCAAUGAAUGCUUUGAUGAUGAUGAAGGACUAGGAUCUACUAGCCAAAGAAAACGAGGACCAAGAAACUUGAGGCAUGAUAGACACGAAAAAGAAAAGACAGUUGAAGAUGAGCUUGUAAAGCUUUAA